CGCCGUCACACCCACCGCUCCGUGUUGUAGGUUCACCGUGACGAGCAGGAGGGAGGACCCACGGAGCGCAGCGGCGGACUGCUGCAGUGCGAGCGCAGCGGGAGUCGCGGCAGGAAAACACUCGUCCGCACACAAAUACUCUCUCACGCACACGGCCGUCGUCAGCGAAACUUGGUCUAUGGAGAGAUCGGUGGCGGCACCGUGGACACGCAGGCCGACAUGGACGAGUAUCUGCGAACGGUGCAGAGGAGAGUGGGGGCAAAUGAGUUUGAGGAUGGUGUCCAUGCUGUUCUUGGAGGACCAGGAGCAGAUGCUGACACUGUGGCGGCCACUCUGUGCUUAGCGCUGCACCUCAGUCAGGGGGCGCCAGCUGACAGACUGUGCUUGCCAGUGCUGAGCUGUGAACAAGGUGUAUUGGCUGAGGAGACGGUCAGGUUUCUGCGGCGGGUCAACAUCCAUGAGAGCCUGCUGCUGUGGAGAGCAGAUGUAGAUCUGAUAAAGCUCCAUAGCGUUGGAAAGCUUUCACUCACCCUGCUGAGCGAUGGACUGCUAGACAGCUCUGAGUACCACUCUCUGGAGUCCAGCAUCGUUCGAGUGGUCCAUAACAACAGGCAGCUGGACGCAGCUCAUGAUGGGGCACCGUCCGCACUGGCAGUGGUUGCCAAAGAGAUUCUUCAAGAUCCACCAGAGCGCAUCGCGGCAGCGCUGAGGGAGACUCUUGGAGUGGCUCUGCAACUACAAAGUGAAGCUCAAAUGAAGAGACGGGGCCAUCCGUCAGCCGAGUUGGAGAACCUCAUGAGAUCUUUGAAGCGAUGCAGUGAGGUCCCCACAAGGAUGAGUGAGGAGGAUAAUGUCCAAGACCUGGAGCGGUUGUUGUCUUCUGACCUGAAGGAGUUCUCGGAUAGAGGCAUCACCUUGGCCCUGGCUUCAGUGGCUGCUGAUGAAGAGUAUCUCAUCCACUCUGUGGCUCAGAUGAAGCAUUUUAUUGAUCGUCGUGGGUAUGAUGGGCUGUUGGUCCUCUUGACCUCAAGUGGCCCCGCUGAUCCUUCUCACCAGCAGGUGGCUGUCUAUUCUUACAACUCUGACUUCUUAAAUCAGUUAUGCCGUGAGUUGGAAAAAUCCAUGAACUGGUCACUAUCAAGGGGAGUAGGACCAGGGGAGUGCCUGCAGAUGUAUCACCUGGCUGAAGACACUGCACUACUCUGCAGUACUUCUCUGGAAGAGGAGCUUCAGAGCCUUAUAAAGGAGUUCAUCAGUCGCCACAGCUCUGUGCUUCCUUGUCAUCCCAGCAGUCGAACCUCUUCCACGGAAGGAGUGGCCGGCAGUGUUGAGUUUUCCCAGGGAUCAUCUGGAAUAAAUGACAUGGAUGGAUCAGACCUGGAGCGAAUCGAAGAAAACGGCAGACAUGUGGCACCCACAGCUAGGGUGGUGGCAGACGGUGAAGAAGAAAUAAGAGGAGCCGGAACUGGCACGAGUGGAGAGCUUGUAAGCCCCGACAGUGGAAGGACCACAAUCCGCAGCAGCCGUUCCUCCAAAGAGAGUUCAAUAUUCCUAAGUGAUGAGAGCCCAAUUGGAGAAGUAACAGGAGGAGGAUCGAUGGGAGGCGCAGCCGGGCCCUUCCUAAGGAAUCCAUCUCCCUUAGGUUUGUCCUCCCUCUCUCCCCCUGUGCCACCUGAGAGGAGGAGACGUCGUUCAGGAAAAAACAGGAGUGAGAUCAAUGACUUGUUUAGUUUUGACCCUCUGCAUUCGCUCCCAGCCAACAGAGAGUGUGCGAAAGCGGAUGGGACCUUGGAUAAAAGCGAUAGCUUAGCAGGAAGCUCAAGCCUGUCAGAAUAUGAAGAGUUGAGUAUCGUGGAUUUCUCUGGCACUAAUUCACUGAGUGGCAGCGACAUAAGAACUUUUUCCGCUGGCUACCAUGAACAAGGGAAUGAAAUGGAUACUCUUGUUCCUCAAACCCCUGCGAACAGCCUGGUGGGAAGUUGUCCUUCCACUGGUUGUUACGGCAGAGUCUUUGCAGAGGAUGUAGCUGAAAGAAUUAGCAACUUACAGCACAAAGACAGCGUAUCGUCAUCAUUGUCUGAAACAUGGGAGGAACUUGGUUUUGAUAUCCCAGGAGCACUAACCCCUCAUGAUUCUAAUGCACCGGCAAGAGUCAGGGCUGAGAGCCCCCAAAACCUUUUGGAAAAGAUAAGUGACUCUUCAGAGCGAGAAGCUAAGCUAAGAGAAGGCGUAAACCAAAGAGGAACAGGCCUUGUACCCCAGCUUAGUUUAAUCACAGAGCAAAGUGAAUCGAACUGGAACACGGAUUCCAUGCUGAAAGACCACUGGGGCCCUGCGACGUUGUCGGAUUUACAGCUAACUCCACCUGAGGAGGAAGUUGACGAAAAGCUACCUAGGAUCAAAAACAAACCAUUACCUCCAAAAAGGAAAGCAAUGCCAAACUCUCUAACACCAGACACGUCUAAAGAAGAAGAUGACUUGUCACACAGAGACAAGGAAAGUCGGAAGAUGGAACUGUUGGACUUUUGGACCUACUCUGCUCAGAAGGGAUUCAUUAAGUCAGACAGCGGGACGACCACCUCUUAUCCUGAAUCAUUAGACAUGUGGAACAUGACUAUCCGUGAUGACAGUCUGUCUCCACUUACCACACCGGAUAACUUGUCUGAAGCUUCAGGUUCAUUCUGUGCCGGGACGCCGGUGGUUGCUGGUGGUGCAUCUAUUGAGAGUCCAGGAUACUCUUACGGUGUCAUGGAAAUGUGGAACACAACAAUCCAAGAAGACAGCUCUUCAACUCCAAGCCCAGAAGCUGCAGAGAAUGGGAAGAAUGCCCAAACUGAAUUAUCGAGUUCCAGUGGGGUGAAUCAAAUGCAUGCAAAUAAACAGGUUCGAGAAGAAAUGUCAUGCGAUCACAACGUGAAAAUUGUCAUAAAUGCCCCUGAAGGUCGGGAAAGUGAAGACACCUUUAACAGUGGUAGUGUUGCUCAAAACUAUACGGAAUAUGAAAGAGUUUCUGACCUGUCUGGUGACAUGGGGGACUUCCCUGGACCUAGUAUGGUGACGUCGACUUCAGAAUAUGAUAAUGUAGGAAUUGGUUGUUUGAGCAGAGCGUCAUCGCCAAGUCCUGUUGCUGAUAUGAUUCAACUAGAGGACCAGUCUAGUCCUUUCAUAGCAGUAAAUAUACCACUGAAAGUGAGGGAAGAUCAUGAGCAAUACCAGGAAACUGACUGCCCAACACAGGUUGAAUACAAAGAUGAUACCUUAGACAGAGACCAGACAGCCAUCCAGAUGUUUCCUAGACUAGGGGAAUUAAGGGACAUGGACUGGAGGGAAGAGGGUUUAGUACACAGAAGUCAUGAUGGAGGAGAGCAACAUCAAAUGUUAGACCCUCCUCCACUAAUUGAGGUCUACAGUUCUGUCACCAAAACUGCUGGGGGUGAAGACCAAACAAGCCCCCACAGAGGUGCCCAGAUCGAAAUCAAGAUUGAACAUGAGUCAGUCAGUGGUUCCUCCAGAACUACCUGUAGAAGCCAAGAGCAUCUGGACCGUGACAGUGUUGGAAACCUGGAGAUCCGAGUGCCAGGGACAAUGUCACAGAGUUCCAGCUCUGAGGGAGACAAAGAUACACUUAAACAGAGUCUCGAUAGCCUUCACCCAGGCAGCCACGAAGAACUCAGGUCUAAUUCAGACGGAGACUCUUCAUCCACCCUGGAAAUGGAUUACAUCAUAGUGUCAGGAACAGUUACAGAAGCUGACAGAGAGUGGAGCCAUGGACCUAAAGGAAUGGAGAGGCAUUUGAAGGGGACAAGGAAACCAAUGGAAACAUUUAGCAUGCUUUCCUGCGCUGCGACAGUUCUCAAGUCUCAUGCUCAGGCAGCCCAUAGAGAACAAAAUCAAGCAGACCAAAGGUCCACCGUUGGUGAUGAGAGCAGAUCUAUUGGCCGUGAUGAAACGAUGAGCCACUCACAUUCAAAGGAUACUGUUGCAUCUCCAGUCACUAUUGAAGAUGGAAGUUGUGAUGAGAAGUUAAGUGGCGUGACCAGAAGUGCAUCCCCUUCACUGAGAUAUUCAUCAGAUCACUUCUUGAAAACCAGAGAGGAGGUUUAUGUUCACUCACGAAUCUCAAUGGAAGAUUCAGAUGAGGGUGGACAGUCGCCGUCUCUAAGCCCAUCAUGCCCUGCAUCAUUGGAAAACCUUCGAGACUGGGAGAAACAAAUGCCGCAACUCUCAUCAGAACUCCAAUCCCCCGUGCUUUCGAACAGUUCCGCCUCACCCAAUAGUUCUCUCCUCGGGUCUCCAUUAAGUGACACAGGUUUCACUUCAGAAAAAAGCCUUGCAUUACCUUUCUCUGGUGACUUAAUGGAGGAGGAAGAAGAUGGGGAUGAGCAGGAAGAGGAGUCUCACCCCAACAGGUUUGAAGGGGGAAAACAACAAUUCCAGUCUGAUGACCUUCUGAGCUUCACAGAAGAGCUGGUGCAACUUCACCGAGGGCAAUGGCAGGACCAGCAGGCAGAAGCAACUGACAUGAGCUCAAUUGACUGUGAGAAAUGGUCCUUUGAACAUCUCACCAGGCGCUGUGCCCCGGAGAGCACUUUAAGAUACGAAGAGGAGACUGAAGCGCACUCCCUCCAAUCAGCCAAUGACAGCCCAGCAUACCAGUGGGAAGAGUGUCCCAAUGUUCCUCCAGGUCACACACAUCAUGGGUACAAUUAUCACCACAUUGACCAAAGAACUGAAAUGCAGACUGUCUGCAUGGAUGCGAAGUGCGGCGGCCUGCAGGAACCAACAGACGUCUACGCAGAGUUUAACACAGACGCCGCUUCACAGCAAUAUGACAGUGCCGGGGCUGAAGGAUACUAUGACCACAACAAAGCCCAGUCGAGCUUUCAUGAAGGACAACACCCAACAUUUUUACAUGGCGGUGAACCCAACGCUGUGUCGGCUUCAGAACUGCAGAGUUCUCAGUUUUACAGUGGUGACCACAUCCUCGAUGACUCUCUGCACGACCAGUUUAAUGUGGGUCACCUGUUAGAUAUUCCCACGGAGAAUGAAGAUCACGCGCGAUACGUACCUGGUGGGUACGUUCACUUUCUCCACUCAAGAACUGAAGGAGACAGCACAGACGGAGAGAUGAGGAUGGCGUCUUACCAUGAUGUCGAGGAUGUAGAAAACAAAGAAGAACCUGUGUCUUCAGCAGAGCAGUCAGCCGGGUCGAGUCAAAGAAAAAAGUUAGCCGCUCCAAAACUGAAUGUUUCCCUGGACCACAGCGACGGCUCACUCCUGUCAGAGGACGCCUUGGAUACAGAGGACGAGGGCCUGGAUACUGGGGACGACUUGGACGUCAACAUAGAUGAACUUGAUUCAUUCGACGACAACUCACUUGACUUAAACAGAACCGGAUACUCACAGGAAGGCAGCGGUGAUGGCGGGGCGUCCGAGGAAGCCGCGGCGGGACACAGGCCCACUGAGAGCAGCAAGGAUGGUAGAAUGUGGAGGAGCGUGGUGAUCGGCGAGCAGGAACAUCGCAUUGACAUGGCCUGCAUUGAGCCUUAUAAACGUGUCAUCUCCCACGGAGGCUAUUACGCUGAACACAACGCCAUCAUCGUGUUCGCAGCCUGCUUCUUACCCGACAGCGACUGUGACAAUUACAACUAUGUCAUGGAGCAACUUUUCCUGUAUGUUAUAAGCACUUUGGAGUUGAUGGUGGCGGAGGACUACAUGAUAGUUUACCUGAACGGCGCCACGCCGCGCAGAAGAAUGCCUGGAUUCUCCUGGAUGAAGAGAUGCUAUCAAAUGAUUGACAGAAGGCUGAAGAAAAACCUCAAGCUGUUUUUCAUUGUUCAUCCUUCCUGGUUCAUUCGGACCUUACUGGGACUCACCAGACCCUUUAUAAGCUCCAAGUUCAGCAGUAAGAUCAAGUACGUGAACAGCCUGCGGGAGCUGGGAGAAAUCAUUCCAAUGGAGUACAUUCACAUUCCCGCCAGCAUAGUCAGGUAUGACAAGGAGAACGCGUUACACAAAUUUGCGUGCAUGAGGCUGGACACAGAGCUGCAGGACACAGCGGCCAAGUAAACGAGCUGAAAAGAUGGGGACUGAGCUGUUGGACCUGACUCCCGUCUGCACCUUCUAAUGGCAGCCUGCACCCUGACAGACUGCAAAGCAAGUCGGCCUACAGUUGGAUGGCAUGGGACUGGCCCGCCGAUGAGAACCAGUGGGUCAGACACGAUGAUCCUGGUUGCUUACAUUAGACCACGACUCAAGAGAAAUACGGUGCGACUUAUGGAAAACUUUUUCGCCGGCUUGAAAUGUCUUUGUAACAUUCCCGUAUUGAUAAACAAGCAGAUGAUGAACCAAACCUAAGACACGUCGCCGACCGAGACACUGUAGAGUUUCAUCAGAUCAGACCUUUUAUAUCAGAGAUUAUAAAGAAACACGACAGAUUGAACUUGUGAGCAUGAAAAGAGUAAAGCUGCUGUGGAAACGACUGUGAAUGCGACAGUUUACAUGUAAACCAAUCCUAUCUGUGUUAAUGUUCAACACUGUGAAGUAGCUGCAAUACGACCAGGUGAGUUUGCAUUGUUCUCGGUAUCGUGCUGCAUGACUAUCUCUUGAGUUCCAAGUCAGACUAUAAGCAAGACUACAAGACAAAAUUGCCUUUUAAAUCCAAGUAGACGGCUUUUGUGCAGAUUCAUGUCUCUUUGUUCUUUUUUUUUUCCAUGAAUUUGUCUGUGGCUAAAAGCUGUAUUUAGUGCAA